UGUUGUUCUGUUGCAACACGAGGGUUCUCACAUUCUAGUAUCUUUCGUAUUCAUCGGAUAUUAUAUUAGAAGUCAAUGUAUCACUGUUGUUCUGUUGUAAUACAAGGGUGCUCACAUUCUAGUAUCUUUGUAUUCAUCGAAUAUUAGAAGUCAAUGUAUCACUGUUGUUCUGUUUUAAUACAAGGGUGCUCACAUUCUAGUAUCUUUGUAUUCAUCGAAUAUUAGAAGUCAAUGUAUCACUGCUGUUCUGUUUUAAUACAAGGGUGCUCACAUUCUAGUAUCUUUGUAUUCAUCUGAUAUUAGAAGUCAAAAUGUCACUGUUGCUCCAUUACAGUACAAAUGCGCCCACUGGAGUCCCAUAAUUUAAUAAUCACCUUGUCAAAUAUUAUUUCACUUUUGCUACCGGCCUUUCUGAAAUUGCACACAUUCAUGGACAUGUGAAAAAUGUAAAGUUUGUUAUUGCUAUUUUUUUGCAUGACGUGACUCUUAAUACUUAUGAUACAGGAAGGUCAGUGUAAGUGUAACAUCUACUAGCUCGUCACACAAAAUGAAAAAAAAAUGUUACUCGAAGUAACAUCUGGAACAUAAGAAGCGGAACUAAAAAUAAUAUCACAGUGUUCUUUAUAGCUACUAAUGCAUAAUAAUAUAGCUGUACAUCCUGCUCAUGGCGUGGUGUGGACUGAUGGGAAGGCCAUCUAUCUAGCGCCUAUAAAGCUACAAGGAAAUCAGCUGCAAAAUGCGGUCUCAGUCAAACUGGGCGAGUUCGAACAUGUCAGCAGCAUCCACUGGAGUCGAGAUAUCAAGUCAGAGUACUGCUACCUGUGUGUGGUGCACCUGCAGAAUGUCACGGUGUGGAAGGUCAGCGGAACACAACCAAAACUUAGUUUCAAGCAAGUCAGGAAAAUCAACGUCAAGCCCAUACCUCAAGGAUGUCUUUGGAAUCCUGUGAGUGAUUUACUUUGCCUAGUCAGCAGACAGCAAUGCAGUUUCUAUUACAGACAUGAUCAAGAUAAAGGGAGCUUUGGUUUUCCUUCUUUAGAAAGCAAUCAGAUCUCAUGUGGCUGCUGGUCUACUGAUGGAAAUAAACUUGUUCUUUGUGUAGGAGCUGUGCUCUUGAUAUACAGAUGGUCUGAUGUCACUAAAUCUAUAGACAAGUUUGCUGCCACAGCUUGGCAAAUACCAGGACUUGAUGGGCACAUAAUUUCUAUCUCAUCUGCAAUGAAAGACUCAGUUGUUGUAGCUGCUGAAGUUCCAUUAGAGGCAUUAUUCAAACAGCAGGAUACACUCAAAAUGCCAGACAUAAUAGGAGAGGCUCUGACCAAGGAUGACAUCAUUCAACCCAAACUGUCUGUUACUUCAAGUUUAUUUAAUUUACAGUUCAAUCAGACAGGAGCACAGACUGGUUCUAGUUUGAAUUUAAUCAAUCUAAUGGAUGGUAAUUCUGAUCCAGUGUGUCUAUCAAGUGUACCUCUGAAAGGAGUUCUCUCCCCUGAUGUUAUUCUUUUUGAAAGACACAGCCAGUGUGUGGUAGUUGGAAGCAACAGCCAGAGUCAACUUCAUAUUUUUGUUUUACUAGAUAAACAUCUGGCUUACUGUGGGGAUAUUCAACUAGAAAAGUCUCAAAGGCCCAAAGGUCUGUGUUCCAUGUCCACCUAUGUAGAUGAUCAUGGUGCAGCAUUGCUUAUAUUGGUUGGCCAGAGGGAGCAAGACGAAGCUGGUUUCCUCUCACCAUCUUUAGAUGCAGACUAUAAGCUUACUCUCAAGUAUAUCAUAUUAAAAUCAGAUCAUGAAAGGGUUAGAAAGAAAGGUAACAGGACAUCUGCCAAAAGCAAGUCAUCGUUGGGUAUAAUAAAGGCUGACAGCAUGCGAGAUCAGACUUUUCAUAUAGAUCCGAAAUUGGUUCAUCGCUGUAACAGUUUGAAAACUGACCAGCUUUCAGUAGAUGAUGACAUUAAAUGUUCACAUUUGAUCAAAGAAGACAACUCUUUAGUAGAUGGCUCCCAGUUUCAUUUAACAGCACAAGAAGGACUUAAAGAUAAAAUGAUAGAAGAAAUAAAUGACAGUUCAGAGCCACUUAAUAGAGAAACACUUGAACUACAGACAGUUGAUUUCUCCCACCAUGAUCCAUGCUUCCAUAAUUCAAAAUUACUAUCUCAGUAUGAAUUAAAUAACCCAAAUGAAAGUGAAGAGCAACUACAGCAUGUUUUUAAUCAAGUCAACAAAGAGAUUGGGACUGAUCAUACAUGCAAUCAACGGAAAGUGUCAUCCAUGGCUGUAACUUCUGAUUUCAAUAACUCUGAAUGUCUUCCAACUAAAGAACUUGCUGCAUCGAAAUCUGAAGAUUCUUUUGAGAUAGAGAUUAAAAGUAGUGACCUACCUCAUGUCAUUAUUCCAGCUACUAAGUUUGACAAUCAUUUGUCUAAUCUGAUAGUGAAUUAUAAUGAUAGUACUUCCAAACUUCCUGAAUUGUUAUACAGCAAUGUUUCUUCUGAUUCAGCAUUAUUGGAGGAGAUGAAACAGAUAAACAUGUCAACAGAGUUUUCACAGCAAAAUUCAGCCAGUAGCAUCACUGACAAUAGGUCUAUAAAAAAUGAUCUGUAUACUUCUGAGUUUCAAGACGCUUUUGAACAUACAUUUCAGCAAGAAAGUUUAAACAAUACAUCUUCCCAGUCUGACAGUUUAGAACUUAAAACUCAGCUACUAGACAGUUUAGAACAAAGAUCUCAGCUACAAGUCAGUUUAGAACAUAAAACUCAGCUACAAGACAGUUUAGAACAAAGAUCUCAGCUACAAGUCAGUUUAGAACAUAAAACUCAGCUACAAGACAGUUUAGAGCAUAAAUUUCAGCUACAAGACAGUUUAGAAUAUAAAUCUCAGCCACAAGACAGUUUAGAACAGAAAUCUCAGCUACUAGACAGUUUAGAACAGAAAUCUCAGCUACAAGAGAGUUUAGAAUAUAAAUCUCAGCCACAAGACAGUUUAGAACAGAAAUCUCAGCUACAAGACAGUUUAGAACAGAAAACUCAGCUACAAGACAGUUUAGAAUAUAAAUCUCAGCCACAAGACAGUUUAGAACAGAAAUCUCAGCUACAAGACAGUUUAGAACAGAAAACUCAGCUACAAGACAGUUUAGAAUAUAAAUCUCAGCCACAAGACAGUUUAGAACAGAAAUCUCAGCUACUAGACAGUUUAGAACAGAAAUCUCAGCUACAAGAGACAUUAGUCUCUGGUUUGGAUGACAUGGAGCUGCAAAUUAAAGCACAGAAAGACUCUCUGAAUGCUCUACACCAACGUCUACAAAGUAUUGCUCAAUCUGUAGAAGAAAGUCAAGUGAGUACAGAUAGUAAUCAGCGAAUUGAUCUUACAGUAUUAUCCACAGAAACUAUUGAAAUCACUUGUGAGAAGCCCCUGGGUGUUGAAAAGAAAAUAUUUCUACUGGACAAUGGGCAUUUACAUUUGGAAACUGUCAAGUUGGCAUUUGGUUUAGCAACAGUAGAGCUUGAUUUAGGUGGCUCCUCUUGUGUUUUGUGUGCUAAUGUUGAUGGAUUUAUUCCUCUCAAGUUUUCACCACACUCAAAUAUUAAAAUUAAAGGACAAAUCGUAAAAAGCUAGUAAAACUGUUAUAAUGAUGAGAUUAUUACAUUUAUAGAAAUUAAUGUGUUCUAAUUACAAUAUUUGUUGAUUAUUUUUAUACAUAAUUAGUUUAACUGCUGAAACUGCUUUACAAAAUAUGCAAUAUUUGCCACUCCCUCUUAGCAACAGUUGUGUGUUGAUGUUUUAUGUGUAUAUUUCUAUAAAUAAACCAUUUUUAAAUCCUUGGCAUGCUUUUGAAAAGUAAAUUGUAUUUUGUUUUCACUUUUUUGUGAUGAUUGCUAUCACAAACGUAUUUGAAACUCAUGAAUGAAAUGUUGGUCAUAACAUUGAUUUUCUAAUAACCUUGUAAAAUAUUUAAAUGUUGGGGUAGGCUACAGAACAACUUUAGCAUCUUUUCUAUUUUCACUAGAAAAGCAUGACAUAGCUAGCUUUAAUCCAUUUGAUUUUUUAAAAUUUGCUCUAUAUUUUCAAUAAUUUCAAUUACCGGUAUUUGAUAAAUAAAGUCAUUGUGAGACUAAAAUUGGUGCUAGUGUUGUUUUUAAUUGUUUUUUUAUCAUGUAAGGAAGAUAGUCUUGUCAAUAUUUAAAUUGUGUCAGACAAAAAAAAUUGAACUUUUACAAAGAAACUAAGGAUAGUAGAAAGAGAUAAGUCUUGGUUAAAUUUAAAUGCGCCAUAUUAUUUGAAUAUCGAUCACUCAUUGUCAACUUAUUUUGUUUUAUGUAUUCAGGUUGUUGUUUUUUACACAAAAAUUGUUUUUUCUUAACACUGUGAUAAUUAAAUACAUUCUAAUUAAUAAUAAUUUGUUUAAUCAUUUGUAUAUAUGUGCAUGUCAAUUAUUUAGCCUAUAGGCAAACAUAUCAAGCAACAUGUCUACUUUUUCCAGUGUCCAUCAUUUCAACUACUAUUAACUAUAUAUUUUCUUGUUGUUGAAUUACAUUUGUUUUUGCAUUUUAUUCUUUUUUAUUUUUCAAUUGUUAAAUUAAGAGACAUAGUAACAAAAAAUAAAAUAGGAACCAAUUAUAAAAUGAAUAAAAGUAAUUUCAAACUUUCAAAUUUUGUAACAUCCAUAGCAAUUAUAAACAAAAUUAUUAGAUUAUUAUUUAGAAGUCCAGGUUGCCUUGUACGGUAUAUGGUUUUGUAUGGAAAGAUGGUUCUCCCUAUGAGAUCAUUGAAUGCGUAGAAAUCAGCAAAUAGGUCUCUAUUUUUCCAUUGUUUGUGCCUGCACCAUGUUUUCCCAUGUAGAUAUCUCUACCAGCAUUGUUUUUUUGCAUUCAAAUCACCCAUAAUAAACCUGAUUGGGGGAUUGUUCUAGUAUGGACUGUAGAGCAUUAUAAAAUUUCCUUUUUUUUCUUCCUGUGCACCAAUUUUGGGUACAUAACACUGGAUGAUAGUUAGUUUCCAUCCCAUUGCAUUAAACCUUGCUGUCAGUAGCCAUGAGGAAACUGGCUCCCAUCCUAGCAAAGCUUUGAUGCCUCUGAUGACAGUAAAAGUGUAUGAUCUUCUUUCCAGAAUAUAUAAUGGUCUCACCAGAUUUCAGUUUACUUAGACUGCUUCCAUUCCAAUGAAUUUCACUGAGGCCUACCUAAAACCUUGAUUUUGUACUUUCUCAUUUCAUUAGCCACUUAGUUAACUCUGUCCCUAUCGUAAAGAGUUCCCUGGUUGUAGUCUUGGUCGUCAGAAGGUUUGUCUGUGUGCUAGCUUCCCAAAGGCUUUUACCAGUACACUUCAGACAGUAACCUUCCUGGCCAACUUCUAAUUGAUUGAUGUAUUUGUGGUUCCUAUAGCAACAGUUAAGUGAUGUGAGGUUGCUAGCCUUACAAUCACCCCUCCUCCUUUGGGACUGGCAAGAUAAGUUUACCCAAGUGGAGUUAAGCAAUGACUUUAUAUAUUCUUAUUCUGCAGUUGUUUUCCUUUGGCUCCUUCAAAAAUAUUUUCAUUUAUUUCUGUUCUGUUUUUUUCCUACCAUUCAAUUCAUUUAUUUUUUUUUUAGAAAAAUGUUUUUGAUCACAUUGUGAAUUUCAGAACUGAACAAAUUUAUUAAUGAAUUGUGAAAAAGUUAUCCCAUAGAAAACUUACCACAUUGUACAGGUAUUAAUAUUUAUAUCAAUAUAAUAUAAAAUGUGUUCAUUUUAUUAUAACAUAAUGCUAUAUGUGAGUAUUUCUCUUUUUAAACUUUGAUUUGAUCUGUUAUAUUCUGUUUAAACAUUUUCUAAAAUAAAAAAACGAGUGUUUUUUUUUCUUUCAUUUUGUUUUCAUGACACUAUGUAAAACUUGUAAUUGUAGUGGGUUUUUUAUUUUUUAAGCUCAUGACAGAAUUGUUCCCUUUUUUAUUUUGUUUUGCAGUUUGAAAAUGCACAUUUUAAAAUAUUUUUAAGACCCAUUUCAUUUUAAAUGACACAUAAUUUUGAUAUUUUGUUUACUAUUUAGUGAAAUUCUUCUUUUUAAAACAUGAAUGUACAUAUGAGCUUUAUAACCAUUGUAGACCAUAGGCCACUGAAAUUAACUACACCCGGUUCAUAGAUCUCCAGAUGUGUGGUAUUUAUUUACUUACUAAUAUCACCUUUUAUUCCUGUUGAGAUAUUACAUACCCAAAAAGCUUUCCAUUCAUCUGAAUGUUUUCAGUGACAGAUGCCCCAUUUAUAUUUGUAGCCAAGUAACAAUAAACCAUUGGUGUUGCAGUCUUAGAAAAAUUGUGUACUUAAAACACUGGCUAAUAAUUACCAAGCAUACAAACAUAAAUGCUGUUAAAUUGUUGUUAAGUGUUUUAUAGAUGUAAUAAUUAGAAUCAAAAUUAUUCUUGUUACAAUGAACAUUAUUGUUUUGUCACUGAAAUAACUGUCAAAACUUACAAAUAAAGUAUUAUUUGUAUUUA